AUGCAGCGCAUCUACAUGCACAGCAAUGAACACUUUGAAGUCUUCACCACCGUCCUGGCUCCACAAGGUGAGUAUCGAUACAGAGCAGAAGCUGAAAAGAUGGUAGUGGUGCACAGAUACAGACCCCACUGGCCUGAUGAGCUGGAGCUGAGUCCGGGUGACGUCAUCCUGGUUCUGUCCAAGCAUGAGGAGGGGAGGUGGUUUGGGCUGCUGCAGGACGGCCAGCGGGGCUACUUCCCCGCCUCCUGUGUGAUGGAGCUGAGCCAGAUCAAUCUUCCUCCAAAAGCCAUUCGAAGGAGUGUCUCCCUGAGAAGCUCAUCUUCUGACGAUCCACGCUGCAGACAAGGAAAUGGACACAUUCUGCAGGCGCUCAAGAGGGGGAGCCGAAGUGGAGGAGGAGGAGGAGGAGGAGGGGUGGGCAUGGAUGGGGGCCAAGGCCAGAGUGAGGUUCCCUUCCUGGUGCGGAGGCCCCAGCUCUCUCCGCCCCAGCCCGGGGUGGCCUCCCAACCUCAGAUGCACAGAUCCCCUAACUUGCUCCACAGGAUCCUGUCCAAGUGCCGGAAAAAGAAUGAAUGCCAGGGAGCCACCAACGGGGCCUUCGAGGGCGACUGA